AUGCUUGAAUAUGUGGACACGCAGUUCUAUGUUCAUGGCCCAGUGGAUAUCCUUAACCUCCCUUCUCUUACAAACACCACAGCAGCCAUCCACAUCGAUAGCACCAGCCCCCUCUCCCUCUCUCUCCCUCUCCGCACAGCUUCUACCAUCGAGCUUCUCGGGGCCAUCGAGCACAUCUCGCUCCCAAAUCUCACCCGCUUCACCCACAUCACCGUGGCCUCAACCACGAACUUCAACUGCGACCGCUUCAUCGAGGAAAUCAGCGAAACUGCCCAGAUCCCAGAAGGAGGCCAGCACUCCAUCAUCUGUUCAUCAGUGCACGGCAACUCGUCGGGCCUGUCGUUAGGUGGGAAAAUCGCAAUCGGGGUCGUCGUUCCAGUCGCGGUGUUGAUACUAGCUCUGCUUGUAAUAUGUCUCAGGCGACGCAGGAGAAGGGCUGCUAAAGGGAAAGAGGAGAGGAGAGCCGUAGAUCAAUCAGACACCCCAGAGUAUGAUAGUGCUCAUGCUCCGCGCGAAGAGGCUGUCGUAACGAGAAGUGCCACAGCAGCAGAUGAGAUCGGCCCUCCACCCCCAUAUUCGCCGCGAGAGGACGCGAACACGGCGUCUAAGACUAGAUAA